ACCGGCGCUGAUUUUUGAACUCUUGAAGAUGUUAAAACUUUAUCAGACAGGUGUGGCUCUGCUGCUGGAGAGGGAAUAAACCAUCUAAACUCUUUUAACAUCGGACGUUUUAACCUUACAUGUCAGUCACACUCUCACAGAAACACGAUAGCACAGUAGCAGCAGAGCAACACGAUGGAGUCUGUGGUGAACCUGCACAACCAGUUCCAGAGUCUCAGAGCCCAGGUAGAAGGCCUGAAUGAGGGCAUUGAACCACAGUUCCUCCAGAUGGCAACAAACUUUGAGGAUUGCCGGAAGAAGUGGCAGCGGGCAGGCGACGAGCUGGUUUCCUGUAAGGAGGUGCUGGCUAAAGCAGAGACUGAAAGGGGAGCCCUGGAGGUCAAACUAAAGCAUGCCCGCAACCAGGUUGAUGUGGAGAUCCGCAGGCGGCAGAAAGCUGAGGCAGUUUAUGAGAAGCUGGAACGGCAGCUACAGCUGAUCCGGGAGCUGCUGAUAUCAGAAAACAGUGGUAACAGUGUCCACCUGAGUGAGGAGCAGCGCAGCGCCCUGGCCUUCCUCAGUACCCACUCCCAGGCAGCACAAGCUGCUAAAGCCAACCUCAACUCCAGUCGAAGGUUAACUACCAUCGACGAAUCAGCUUCUUUGCUGACAGACAUCAGCUAUGACCAAACGGACGACUCUCUGGACUGGGAUUCCUCUGCGAUGAAGACUGUGAGACUGAAGAAGCGCCAGAAACGACGUUCCUCCAGAAAACUCUGCGAGGUUCCCCCACAGGCAAUGAAGAAACCUCGCUCCUCUGGACGCACAUCAGAUAGGAUGAAUGAGUCUAUAGUGGCCAAAACCACUAUCACUGUGCCGGUAAAUGGUGGUGCCGUAGAAACGGUCUCUACCAUUGAAACUGUGCCUUACUGGACACGCAGCAGGAAGAGCGUUGCACCAGCUUGGGGUGACACGACCACUACCGACCAAUCUGAGACUGCCAGUGAGGCUCCCAGCACACCAGUCACAGACUACACAGCCAAGCUCCGAACCCCCAGAGCUAACAGAGGAGGAAAGAAGCACCAGUUCCUCGCAAAAACAGUGAUCAAGUCGGAGUUCUGUGUACCAUGUGGGAGAAGAACAAAGUUUGGGAAGAUGUACCUGCGCUGCCAGGAUUGUCGGGUUGUGACCCAUCCAGAGUGUCGCGACAGUUGCCCCCUGCCCUGUUGCCCCACAGCGGUCAGCACUCCCCUCAAGAACACAGAGUCCACCCUGGCUGACUUCGCUCCAGCCAGCUCCCCGAAGAUCCCAGCUUUGGUUAUCUACUGCAUUAAGGAGAUAGAACACAGAGGCCUACACGAGGUUGGCCUCUACAGACUCUCUGGCCAAGAGCGCCAGGUGAAAGAGCUGAAGGAGAAGCUGAUUAGAGGAAAGACUCUGCCUCCACUUCACAAAGUGGAGGACAUUAAUGUCAUCACAGGUGUCCUCAAAGACUUCCUCAGAAACCUCCCUGAGCCACUGCUCACCUUCCACCUCAACAAAGUCUUCAUGGAAGCAGCCGAAAUCCAGGAUGAUGGCAACAGUCUCGCCAUGCUGUAUCAGGCCAUCAGUGAGCUGCCACAACCCAACCGAGACACUCUGGCCUGCCUGAUGAUCCAUCUGCAGAAGGUCUCCGAGUGUACGGAUACCAAGAUGGAUGUGAACAACCUGGCCAGGGUGUUCGGCCCGACUCUUGUGGGUCAUGCUGUUCCCGAACCAGACCCAAUGACCAUCCUGCAUGACACAAGCAGACAACCAAGGGUUGUGGAGCGCUUGUUCUCUGUUCCAGCAGACUACUGGGGCCAGUUUGCUUAUCCUGAAUAUACAGACAUCGACAGUUCUCACCAAACUGGAACUCCAGACCACCACAAAGUCAGCAUAUUGGGACCAUUGACCACUCCAGAGCACCAGAUGAUGACCAAAACCCCGUCCUCCAGCUCGCUGUCCAAGCGCAUGAAGCAGACCCUCUCCAGCACCACCAUAUUUGGGAGCAAAAGCAAAGCGCCAGCUGCCUCUAACCGCCAGUGCAACUUCUUCGACUCUCCACAACUGAAGUAAUGGUGAAAGGUGGGGGAAAAAAAGAAAUCACCCAUAUCGUGCAUCUGGGAUACCUACUGCAAUAACGGAAUAUAGCCUAUGUUCACAUAAUCAUGUGGUAAAACUACUGUGUAAUUUUUAGCAUGUAAGAGUUUUUUUAAGACUUUCUAACCAGACAAGUUUGUUUUUAUAUCUUUGAUUACUGAUUAACCAAAACUGUGUUGACAUCUGUAUGAUUGUACAAGGUUUGAAGGCUUUGACCAAGCAACCGUUAUCAACAAUUCACGGAUCAUAUCUUUUGCUUUGUGUCUAACUCUUGGAUUUGGUUUUCAAAGCUAUGCAUUCACUUGUGUUCGGCCAUCUUUGAACCUGUGGUUGUAACCGCAGUGACGGGGGUGCUCGAGCACACGUGAAUCGAACAGUGGCAUUGGACAAAGAGGAAAGGAAUGUUAUUAUUGGCCAGUGUCUCUUUAUGUAUCGUCAUUCUCCUGGACCUGAUAUCCUUUUUUUUGUUUUCUUGAUUUUAACAUUUUGUUUUAUAUUUAUGUUGAUUGUGUCCUAUGACGUAAACCAAUCAUGGCAAUUUAUAUACUCAACUGCAAUCUCGACACUGAUGCAGAAUGGGAGUAUUGUUGCAUUUUGCAGUCUGUAACAAUCCGAGUAAAUGUGUUUCUACCUGGAAAUAUGCGCCACAAGAGGCUGCUAUUGCACCACUAUGAUAAGCAAGCCCUAACCAAUGAACUACUGUAUAUUAUGCACAAAAAGUCACUGACACUCGUUACAAUCAGCAGAUAAUUGGGAAAAACUGUGCAAUAUUAUUCCUGUGACGUAGAAGAGUUGAGUCAACAUUUGUUUUCUCACAAUACAGAUCUGAGAUUACAUCUGUGUGGUCAUCACAAACUUAAAUCUAGAGCUUCUUUAAUUUAUCAACUUCAAAACUAAUUUGCAUGCACAAUUUGUAUUUUAAUCAUUGUAGUUUUGCAGGAAGUGACACUUACUCUUUAGUUUCCUAGCAUGCUGUUCUCUCUUUCACCUUCUUAGAAGCUCCAGAUUUGAGCCUGAUGAUGACAUUAUUCAGUAUAGUUAUUUAGAAAGGGAAAUAUUUCUGUUGACUAUACCAGAUAUAAUCAUGUUUUGCCUUCAAAUUAAGACGUGUGCCUUGUUUGCAGCUGUAAGACUCCAGUAAUACUACAUGUUUUAUACACUCGUAUACUUUGAUUCCAUUAUACGGUGUCUCUAGUGUAAUGUUGCUUAACUAAUUCAGUAACUUUCACCAAAGAUUUUGUGCAAUGAAUGUUAAAUAUAUCUUAGGUCAAAUAAAAUCACACAAAUGUUCACAGCUGAGCUCAAAAUAAAACAUCAAAAGACUG